GUCAGCCAUAUUGUCUCUGAUACAGCAGGAUUCACACACAAGUGGCAGCACUGGCGUUGGAGGGAGAGGCGGGUCGUUAGCUUGACAAAACUCAGCUUCUCCGCCUGGAUCUCGCUUGUUGACUUGGUCAAGGAGCUGUUCAAAGGCGCCCCUGGUGGAUUCCCCCACCCUCAACCAAAGCCCCCCAUACCCCUUGCCCUGUUAGGAACAAAGCCCCUUUCCCCCUGCUUUUCCUCUUCUUCCUCCUUCCCUUCCCAUCCUUUAACCAUCCUUUGCGGCAGUAAGCAGACCCCACCGCCUCUGCCAAGCUGUCGGACAUGUCAGGACCAGUGCCAAGCCGGGCCCGCGUGUAUCCAGAGGUCAACACACACCGGCCAAGGGAGUAUUGGGACUAUGAGUCCCAUGUGGUUGAAUGGGGAAAUCAAGAUGACUUCCAGCUGGUAAGGAAACUAGGGCGUGGCAAAUACAGUGAAGUCUUUGAGGCAAUUAACAUUACCAACAAUGAAAAGGUGGUGGUGAAGAUCCUUAAACCGGUGAAGAAAAAGAAAAUCAAGCGUGAGAUCAAGAUUUUGGAGAAUCUUCGUGGGGGUCCCAACAUUAUAUCCCUCAUUGACAUUGUGAAAGACCCUGUUUCCCGAACACCUGCCUUGGUCUUUGAACAUGUUAACAACACAGACUUCAAGCAAUUGUACCAGACCCUGACUGACUAUGACAUCCGAUUCUACAUGUAUGAAAUCCUUAAGGCCCUUGAUUACUGCCACAGCAUGGGAAUCAUGCAUAGGGAUGUGAAGCCACACAAUGUGAUGAUUGAUCAUGAACACCGAAAGUUGCGCCUUAUUGAUUGGGGUCUGGCUGAGUUUUACCAUCCAGGGCAGGAGUACAACGUCAGGGUGGCCUCCCGCUACUUUAAAGGACCGGAGCUCCUGGUGGAUUACCAGAUGUAUGACUACAGUUUGGAUAUGUGGAGUCUGGGCUGCAUGCUGGCGAGCAUGAUAUUUAGGAAGGAGCCCUUCUUCCAUGGCCAUGACAACUAUGACCAGUUGGUGAGAAUAGCCAAGGUGCUGGGAACUGAAGACCUGUAUGAUUACGUUGACAAGUACAACAUUGAGCUGGAACCUCGCUUCAACGACAUCCUUGGAAGGCAUUCUCGUAAGAGGUGGGAGCGGUUUGUGCACAGCGAGAAUCAGCACCUGGUCAGCCCCGAGGCCCUGGACUUCCUUGACAAGCUUCUGCGCUACGACCAUCAAGUGAGACUGACGGCGCGUGAGGCCAUGGAUCACCCUUACUUCUUCCCAAUUGUGAAGGAUCAGUCUCGUAUGGCAGGGUCAACAAACUUGCCCAGUGGGAAUACUGCUAAUAGCACAGCUAGCAUGAUUACUGGUAUCUCUGCCUUGCCAGCGUCCACUGCCCUGGGCCCCCUCACUGGCUCACCUGUCCUCUCUGCUGCCACCAAUGCUUUGAGUACUCCUGUGCCCACUGCAGCGAGUGCACCUCAGUGAUGGCAUGGUCACAGUGUUCAUGUCUCCCAGCCACCACGACCACCAGCCUGGGGAGAGACAACAGGUGCCACUCUGCCAGUCCACGCCACCUUAAUCUCAACUCAGUCUGACUGCUCCUUGCCAUAGGUCCAGCAAUGCCAAUCUCCCGGUGGUGAUGUCAUCAAAAUAAAACUUUGUUUCUUUUUCCCCCUCAAAUGAACAUGUUAACCUGAUAUAUGAAACAAAGGUUCUGUGUAUCUUACAUAUAAAGACAGUUUUUUUUGUUGUUUUGUUUUGUUUUGACCCCUUAAGCUGUAGUGAUAGUGAGUGUGUGUGUGUGUGUGUGUGUGUGUGUGUGUGUGUGUUGUGAGAGAUUGCAGAUGAGUGUUUGUUCAUGCUGGGAAUGAGUAUCAUCUACAGAUGAUCCAAUUUCACAUCCUCUUUUGUUUUAGUUUGAACUUCCAAAAAGACACUUAUAAAAAAGGUACUUAGCCAAGGGCAAAAACAGAGAUGCUAGCUACUUGGACCAAAGGAGCACAGUAUGUAUGAUAUACUAAUGCAAUGCUAUCAAAACCAGAACUGGCAAGAACACCAUAGGUAAUUUCCAUAUUUAAAUCUGUGUAAACACCUAAUGGAAGACUCAAUUUCACAGCAUUUUGGAAGUGUUUGGUGCUUUUCUGUGCUCCAGGUGUAUGUGAACACUGAUGCCGCCUCACUUAAUACUGGAAAUGACACUUAACCCCUUUGUCUGCCAGAAGAGUUUUGUCCUUUUUUUUACUAAACCAGAUAACUAGUCUUCUUUUGAUAAAUGACCCCAAGUCAUACCAUGUAAGUUUUGUGGCUAACUUCUUUUAUACUGAGAUGCCCUUGACUGCUGGAUAAGGGUUCAUUCAUACUUUAAAUGGUCUGAUGAUGCUAGUGUUGUAAUACAUCCUUGAGGCCAAGGGAAAGGUGUCCAUCCAGGUUCAUCUGAAAUUAAUUUUUUAAACAUGCUGCUUUCCAGUUUCUUGGACUUAUUCAAGUCAUGUUCCUUGAAUUACUUCAAAACAUAACCAAAGUUUGCUCAAUUGCUUGGCAAGAGAAGACUGACCAAACUUAUAGGGAAGUGGGUUCCAUAUAGAGACUCUGGUGACUAGUUGAUUUAAUCACAUGUAGUUGAGUUAAGUGUGGUCAGUGCUUCGAGAAAGACGUUUUUAUUUCUGUUUUGUUUUUUCUAGAUGAGUAAGUUUUAUGUUCAUUGAAGUAUUGGCUUUCACUGACAUUAAGGGAAGAAUUAAGUUCAUGAGGUUGAAAAAAAAUUGAAGGGUUAAAUUCUCCUAAUGUUAAAAGUGCCAGAGACCGAAAAGGUAAGGUUUAAAUCCUGCUGUACAUAUGCAUCUUUUUUCCGUUUAAAACCUGAAAAUGCAGAGUUCCAAACAUGUAUACAUUGACCUGGAGCUAUAUGAGUCCCAACAUCACUGUAUAUAUUUUUAUGUCCUUAUGUAGGCGAUCUGUAUUUUAAAACAUUUGUGUAAAUAAACACGUGUUUUAUUUAUCA